AUGUGUGCAUGUUGCUUUUGCCCGACUUGUCCGGCAAUUUUGCCAUGUGGUACGGGACCAUGCCGGUACUCGUGUCCUCCACCGUGUCCUUGCUGCCAGCCAUGCUGCCCACCACCAGUGCCAUGUACCCCGUGUCCACCGUGCAAGUGCUGUCCAGUUUUCCGACAAUGCCCAGCGCCUGUAAUCCCUGAUUAUGUUCCACCUAUUGUGCCAAUAUUGCCACCCUGUAGACCAAGGAGAUGUCCACCACCUGAACCAUGCCCACCUCCUCCGCCUCCACCUGUUUGCUGUCCACCUGUUUUACCUUGCGCUCCUCCACCGCCACCGUGUGACCCGCCGCCGGUUUGCCCGUGUCCCGAGCCAACACCGUGCUAUCAGCCAGUACUGCCGUGCUGUAACCCACAGUGCCCUCCACCUAUUAUCCCUAAACAGCGCCCCAUUUGCCCUCGAGCUCCUCCGUGCCCUUACCCAUGUCUUCCAGUAUGUCGAAGUUGUUGCCCGGAUUGUGAACUCGAUCCGGUGACACGUCGUCGUCCAUUAAUAGUUCAUGACAGUCUGUUCCACACCAGAAAGACUGGAUUGCCUGCCGAGUGCUAUACAAGGACUUCUCCAAAUAUACGGUAUAAAGUUGAAAACUACGUGAGACAGGGUCCUUAUUCAGGUUGUUGGCGACCCGUACCAGUACCUUUAUGCUAA